AUGCCAGGAAGGAGGGCUGCCAGGAAGGCCGGCCCCCCUGCUGACAGCAGCGACUCAGAUGAAGAGUGGACACCCAGCCUGGAGAGGAGGCCUCCAGUGUGGGGUCCACGGCCCCCCAAACUUCACCCCCAACACCCCAGCAAAACGAUAUACAAGAGUCGCCACACAGAUGAGUACAUCGACGCCAAGAGAGAAACUCACUCCAACUGGAUGAGGUAUGUGAACUGUGCUCGUGAUGGUGAGGAGCAGAACCUGGUGGCGUUUCAGUACAGAGGGGGGAUUUUACACCGCUGCUGCAAGCCCAUCGUCCCAGGAGAGGAGCUGCUUGUCUGGUAUGGAGAGGACUACGCCAGAGACCUGGGCCUCAGCUUUGACAAUCUGUGGGACAUCAAGAGCAGCGGCAAAGAGGCGACAGCGUCUCAGGUGUUUUCCUGCUCCCUGUGUCCAUUUUCCUACACGGCUCAGAUCUACCUGCACAAGCAAAUCAAGAGGAGCCACGUGGACGAGUAUGUGCGACUGCUGAGGUCUGGAGAGAUCAGAUCAGAGACGCUGGCACCCUCCACAAUCAGCAGCAGCAACCACAACACACAACAGAACUCAGCAACCGGUAAAGUCACACAUCCCCAUUCAAAACAGAGAGGAGCAAUUGACCAGAGAGGUCACCCCUGCACUCAGUGUGGCAAGAGCUUCACUCAAGAGGGACAUCUCAAACUACACCAGCGCACUCACACAGGAGAGAGGCCGUACCGCUGCACUCAGUGUGGCAAGAGCUUCACUCACCGCUGCACUCAGUGUGGCAAGAGCUUCACUCAAGAGGGACAUCUCAAACUACACCAGCGCACUCACACAGGAGAGAGGCCGUACCGCUGCACUCAGUGUGGCAAGAGCUUCACUCAAGAGGGAAGUCUCAAACUACACCCACUCCACACAGGAGAGAGGCCGCAUCACACUCAGUGUGGCAAGAGCUUCACUCAAGAGGGACAUCUCAAACUACACCAGCGCACUCACACAGGAGAGAGGCCGUACCGCUGCACUCAGUGUGGCAAGAGCUUCACUGGACAGCGUGAUCUCAAACGUCACCAGCGCACUCACACAGGAGAGAGGCCGUACCACUGCACUCAGUGUGGCAAGAGCUUCACUCGAGAGGGAAGUCUCAAACUACACCAGCGCACUCACACAGGAGAGAGGCCGUACCACUGCACUCAGUGUGGCAAGAGCUUCACUUAUUCAGGCAGCAGCGACAGCAGUGGACGCAGCGAGCGCCCAGCCCUCAACCACCAGCACCAUCUUUAG